AUGCAACCUUUUUCGAACGACUACGGUGGAGGCUAUGGAGGCAACGGCUACGACCAGCAGCAGCAGCAGCCCGGACAGGAAAUCCCUAUGUAUCCGCAAGGUGGUACCGCUCGGCCGAUGGUGGACCCGGAGGCGAUGGGAGAAGUUGACCCCAAUCAGUACCCGCAGGCAAAGGAAUCGACGCACAAGAUUCGCGGCAAAUCGGACAUCCUGGAGAUGGUGUUCGGGUCGGUCGACCAGGAGUUGCUUCCCGUGAAGACGUUUUACUUCUUCUUCUACUCGGCUUUCGGUUCGCUGUUUCCGCUGAUGGGAGUCUACUUCAAGCAGAUGGGUAUGAAUCCGGGCCAGUGCGGGUUGCUCAUCGGCACGCGGCCCUUCGUGGAGUUCCUGUCUGCCCCGUUCUGGGGCAGCUAUGCGGAUCGCUGCAAAAAAGGAAAAAUGCUGCUACUGGCUUCUCUCGCGGCGUGGAUUAUCUUUACCUUGCCGUUGGGCUUCAUUCAACCGCCGGCGACCAGUUGUAUUGAGCGGAAGAAUGCGACUGAUUUCGAGCUCCGCACGCCACAAGUGCCGCGCAUACUGAAGCGGUCCAUCGACGAGAGCAUCGAACUGGAGAUGGAACUGGCCUGUGCGAAUGGGAGCGAAAAUCCGUACUCCAGGGACAAACGAGCGGCACGACCGGUCGCGGCGGCCGGAGUAUCGCCCCUCGGCGUCAGUUACGCGAACAACUUUAACGAGAAGCUCCACAGAGACUGGGUGUCGCCAUUGUUUUCAUCGAUCGUCUAUCGCACGGCGGAUAUCCAAAAAGCGUUCUUCUUGUUGCUGCUCCUGGUCAUCAUAGGAGAGUUCUUCAGUGCCCCGGCCAUAACGUUGGCUGAUUCCGCCGUUAUCACCAUUCUGGGUGAGGAUGCGGAUCGCUACGGACAUCAGCGGAUGUUCGGCUCACUCGGAUGGGGACUGGCCAUGUUCUUUGUCGGCAUCGCACUCGACCACUCGACCGCCUUUCCCGACCACCCGUGCGGUCCAGAGAAGCAGGAGAAGAACUACACCAUCUGCUUCGCAACUUUCUCGGUGCUGAUGGGCGCGGCCCUUAUUUCGGCCACACAAAUCCAUUUCAAGUAUGACUACUCGGAACAACAGGAGCAGCCCCAAGCCGAGAAAGUUCCCCAAGAGAUGACACACGAAGAGCAGAUGCAAGACCAGCUGGCCCAGCAGCUGCAACUGCCAUCGUUGGCAGCCACCGGUGGAGGAAUGGCUAGCGCAGCACCACCACCGGCGGCUCUUGGUGCCCAGACGAAAAUGUUCGCCCAAACAACGCGCGAAAUGCCCGAAUGGGUCACGGUGUUGAAACAGUUCAAAAACCUGAAGUGUGCCUCUUUCCUGUUCGUCGCCUGGUUCAUGGGCUUUGGCAUCGGACUGAUCUUCACGUUCCUGUUCUGGCACCUGCAAGACUACGGUGGCUCGCCGACCCUCUUCGGGGUGGCCUCGGUCAUCAAUCACAUCUCGGAAAUCUUUGCCUACUUUUUCAGCUUCCGUCUGAUCACCCAAAUCGGCCACGUCAAGGUGCUCUGCCUCGGGCUGGUCGGUAACAUUCUUCGGUUCCUGUAUAUCUCUUACCUGAAAAACCCCUGGUGGGUCCUGCCGUUUGAGUUCAUGCAAGGAAUCACUCACGCAGCGGUAUGGGCGGCCUGCUGUUCCUACAUCGCGCACAAUACGCCGCAGCAUCUGCGAUCUUCGGCUCAAGGUGUCCUGCAAGGACUUCACCACGGGCUGGGCAGAGGCUGUGGGGCCGUUAUCGGGGGCAUGUUCGUGACGUACUUCGGCACCACGGCCACCUUCCGCGGGUACGGCAUCAUCUGCAUUCUCGUGCUGGCUGCGUUCGUGUUCAUCAACUUCUACCGCAAGGACGAAGGUUUCAUCUCCGAGAUUCCGACGACCGAGGAUCCACAUCAGGUGGCGGAAGAGACGGCUCACCUGGCUCCACACGGCGUACCGAGCAAUCCGAUACCGCGGGCCCUCUCCAGCACCCGGCUGAAUGAGAUCGGUCAGCAGAACGUCGACAAUGGGUAUGGUACCUACCAAACUACCGGUGGCGCUCUGGACGUUCCCGGUGGAGCUCCGAAAAACCCCUUUGGGGCCCCGCAGGGUACUAACGUGUACGGUGGAAACCAGUACUAAACAGCAUACCAGCUGCCCGAUGGAGACAGUGAGGCCGCUGAAUAUCAAACGGGUGGCAGUGUCGACGUCUGCCAAGACGAAGGAACAAUUUCCGAUCAAGAACCUAAACAAAAAAAACAAAAACCGUGUAAAUGAGCUCAAUUGCAUCCCAUUCAGCCAUUCCGGUCCAAGAGCAGAGCAGGACGUUACGCGCUUCGCACUAGCAUCGUCCGCGACCGUUAGGCUUACGGAGACAUAAUCUUGGUCGUGGGUCGGUUGCUGGCAGCGAAUCAUUAGAGGUAUUCUGGGGACGACAGAUCCGUCGUAAUGCGCCUCGUAUCUCACUCGUUUACUCGAUCCUACCCAUCGAUCACCGACAUCGACAGGUGUUGUAGUGUUGUUUAAGUUUAAGCUAGCUUGUCACUCUAGGUCCAGAGCUCCUCCUGAAAACGAUCAGCAAUCAUUACGGCCCUACGCGGUUUUCCUAUCUCAGCGUUUUAACCUAAAACCCCUUUACUAUCUUAUCGCCACCUUGCUGGCCGGGCACUUACCACUAGAGAGACACUAGAGGCGUUCAAGCAUAACUCUACCUGUCAGCGUCUUUCUCUUCGUUGGUUGUUUUUGACCGUUGGAACUAUAUUACUAGAGCGCCCGCUUUCCAGACUGUUACUUAGGAGCUACAUUUAUCGUAUCGCCCACUUUAGAGUCUAUCAGAAAAACACGAAUCGAUCGAUGGAUCGUGAUCGUGCUUUAGCUACGAGCAACAGUACUACUUAGAUAAAGUCCGGCAGCGAAUCUAGAGUGUUGAAUUGGAACAGGACUACACGGUCCCUUGCGGCAGGGAACCGACGGUGGCAAUUUAGCGUUUAGGUAACUGUAACUAUGACGUUGUGGUUGUACGUGGGCUCUCUCUCUGUGUGUGUGUCUCUCUGUACCCAAUCUAUGUUCGUCUGUGUCGGUGUGUCUGUACGUGUACUCCCCCCAACAAGUGUUGAACGUAUAAGGCUAAGUAACAUCCUAACGAUCGAUCGAUCGAUUGAACAACUCGCUGCGAACGGAACGCGAUACGUUAACGGGCCAACUGUGUUGCACCUUAGUUUAGUUAAUUUACUUGCCACCGAAGUCAAACGAAACGAACCGAAAAAACCCAUCCCACGCGGCACAACGAAUAGUAUCUUUAAGUUCGGGACCACCUUUCAGGGGAGGUUUCGGUCGUAUUAACAGUCGCAGUUCCUCGUUGAUCCCUGUAGCAGUAGUUAGCUCCGUUCCCAACAAGUGGGUAGCGCUCGAGUUGCGCCUGUUUAAGUUCCGCGAUUUGCCUUUUCGUAUGGAAGCUCGAAAGCAGCAACGCAACGCGAUAGUAGCAAACAUAACCGAACAAUCUGAUAGAACAGAAUGGCAGUGGAAAUUUACAAAAUACACACGUACGCAAAAGCUUUAUUAACUCUAGUCGAGAGACAUCAGCAGCGCAUAUCAGUUUUCAACCUUACUACUUGAAAAGUAUUUUAUUCAGAGGAGACUAUAUUUAGAGCAACACGUUUGAAAUCGGAGUUGAUGGAACAAAAUGUGGUGUGCGAUUUGCGUAACCGCGUUGAAUAAUGAUACCGGUUGCGGGCGUUACGCGCGGCGGAAGCCAUUUGGUGGCUCCUACGAAUUCAAUCACAUUGCCCAUACCCAGAAAGAGAGAGAGAAAGAGAGUAUUUACUAAAGAUUACAAAGUAUGUACACAUUAUAAGAAGGAAAACUUGCACUCACUAUGAAGGGAAGAAAUGUUAUUAUUUUCCAGUUUAGAUUAGUUGUUUAUGCUUUGAGCAUUGAACCCAGAAUUACGAGAUACGUUAAUGCGAUAGAUUUCGGUAUUUCCAGUCGAUAGCUUUAUUUAGAUUAUUUCAACCGCGGAAAGUAUUAUACUCGUUUACCAGGUGUUAGGAUUGAUUCUCUAGUUCUGUGUGUGUUGCGAACCACACCGUAAAUCGAAUUCCUGAAUAUACCUACAAAUAAUGAUAACAACAUCUACCGAAACUAAUAAUAACGAUGCUGGUAUUAAACUGAAAAGUUCAGAAAAAUCAAGAAUCAGACAAACUAAAUGAACAUAACCGUUGGCCCGAUAGCGGAAGCCCAUGAUCAAUGUACAGCACUUACUAUUAUUAUGAUUAUGAUUGUAGAAUUAAGUGUAAGAACAAACCAUACACACCCACAACGGUAUCGUAAGAAUUGCACCGCUAAACAAGCAAAACAACAAUAAUAUGCUGUAAAGAUUAUUAAACAACAAUCUCACCAACAUC